AUGGAUAUUACCCAAAACAAUUCUAAGACUCAUAAGAAUGGAAGCUACUGUUGUUACAAACAUAAUCAUACUAGAGUCUCCGUUACUGAUAAAACAGUUUCCUGCAAAACACAUAAGCAAAGCUCUACUUCAUGCUACAAACACCAGGUUAUUCCUAAUGCUGGUAAAUGGAGGGUAGCUGCUAUUAAGUAUUAUGGUGUUAAUACUCCCAGUAAAAGGAAUAGAGUAGAAAUUCCUGGUCUUAGCUUGCUUACCAAAGUGUCAGUAAAAGUUACAGUUUAUGUUUUAUACUGCGGACAUAAUCCAGUUCUUAUAUAUCUAGAGUCAACUAGUGGAGGUUCAGAUACUACCGGAUGGUAUAAAAAGGGCAGUGAUAAUAACGACAAUGAAAAUUGGACACAAGUAGGUCUCGACAUAACUCCAGGAGAUUUAGGGAAGAUUGACUGUAAGGAUAAUGAAACCUUUCAAAAACUUGCAAAACUACUUACUAAACUUGGAUGUUACGGCUUGGAAGAAUGUACUCAAGAUACUAAAUCACUACAAGAACAAGAACAACAACAACGUACUAAAGAAUCUGAAGAACUAAGACAAGAAGUCAAAGAAGCCGAAGGUGAAGGCUCUGAAAAGGAAAAACUCAAAAAGAAAGAAGAGGAAGGUGCUGUUGCUAAUGCUCUUAAAGUUGAUGGUGGACCUAGACAAGAUACUGCUGUUGAUGCUCUUAAAACUCAACUUCAAGAUGCUUUUCCUUGGGAUAUAGAGAACAUUCUUGGAGCCUUUGCUGGCGUUUUUACAGCUUCCUGUAUAACUAUUUUUGUAUCAUGGAAACUUUAUAAGGCAUACAAGCAUUACUCUGAUCCUUGGGUUAGACCAAUUUAA